CGGCCCCCGAACGCACCCAUCCGAUCCUCUCAGUCCAUCAUGUCCAUCAUUUGCCAAACCCGUCUGGCCGAGGAGCGAAAACAGUGGAGAAAGGACCAGCCAUUCGGCUUCUAUGCCCGUCCCGAAAAGGAUAGCAACGGCAACCUGAAUCUCAUGCGGUGGAGCGCCGGCAUUCCUGGCAAAGCCAACACCGACUGGGAGGGUGGCCUCUACAAGCUCGUCCUCAUCUUCCCUGAAGACUACCCCCAGAAGCCGCCAAAGUGCCAGUUUGUUGCCAACUCAGGCCUGUUCUUCCAUCCAAAUGUCUAUCCGUCCGGCACCGUCUGCCUGUCGAUCCUGAACGAGGAGCAGGACUGGAAACCCUCCAUCACCCUGAAGCAGAUCCUUCUGGGCAUCCAGGAUCUGCUCGACAGCCCCAACCCGGACUCGCCAGCCCAGCACGACGCCUAUCUGCUCUUCAAGAAAGACAAGGAGGCCUAUCGUGAGCGAGUUCGGCAGCAGGCUCGCGAAUACAGCAACAAGGAUUAGAAUGAAUGCACUCGUCCCGGAUCUUACAACGCUGGAGGCAGUCGGGGCCAGAUGCCUGCGCGAGGGGGGCGUCCAUCGGGUCGAUGACUUUCCUCCUUGGCUAUGCGGUCGCCACCCCGCUGCAUACCCGCCGCCUUUCUCCGUGCUGCCCUUUGCAUGACGCUGGCAUCGGCUGUGCCCUCGAUACCGCCACUCCGGCAUCCCCCUUCCGCCCCCCUUCUCCGCCUGCCUCUCCUUUACGUGAGACAAUAAAACGAUAUCUUGCUGAGCCAAAUUACUG